CACAAACUCAGAUCGUUCGCGACUGCGGAAUUCGGCCGUUCACGACGCCGGCAACGACCAGAAGCAUACGAGUGGAGACGAGAAAGCGAGAAAGAGCGAGCCGCAUGGCCCAGCAUCGGAAUCCAUCGAUGCCAAAUAGACCCAAACACGUUCUCACCGUGACCUCCACCGUCGUCGUUGUCUCCGCCAUCCUGUCCGACCACUUCCCGCCCCUCGUCGACAACCACGACAACAAUGCUCGGGCGUCUUUUCUCCCUUCUUGCUGUUGCUACGGCAAGCGUUCUUGCGCAAGACAUCGUCUUUGACUCCGCACAUAACGCAACCGUCAUCUAUGGAACUUGGAGCUCUGGUAGCAUGGGCGUGGUUACGGGCUCGGGCUUUGCAGACCCCGCGAAGGAGUCAUUUACAUACCCAAAUACGACUGGAAUCUCAUAUUCAUUUACGGAGGACGGAUACUACGAGAUUGCGCGAUAUCGGUAUAACAGCAAUGGAUCACAACCAUCGUGCAUCACCGGCGUAAUGAACUGGGUCCAUGGGACGUACGACCUACUUUCGAACGGAUCGAUCGUUACGUACCCCUUCGGUGACGGGUACCAGCAGAUCCAGGACGGCUGCGCGGCGACGACCGAUUUCAUCGAGGACUACAAUGACACGGAGCUGUACCAGUCAUGGGAGAUCUUCCUCGACUCGACGCUCGGGUACCAGCUGCAGCUGUACCAGUACGAUGGCUCGCCACUUGCGCAGCAGAACUUGUACUCGACAACGCCAAACAUGCUCCCGACACGCAGCCUCCGGAACACCACAACCAGCGCAUCUUCUGAACUCGUCAUUAACGCGCGCUCCGAGCUUGCGACGAGUGCUGGCGCGCGGACACAAGGGUGGAGCGCCGCGACGACUGUCGCUAUCGCUGCGGGUCUGGCAUCGCUCGUCCUCUGAUUCGCCCCGACGCCGAUAUGCUUGCGGAACUCGCUUGUAGCCUUCCUUUGUCAUAUUCACGUUUCUUUGCUCUCGCACGCAUCUUCUCGCCUGCUGCGCCGCCAGCGGACGUUGACCACUUACGCGACACUACGAUACCCGUUGACUGUUUCGUGCGUACGCUCGUUUGAUUGCCAUGGACUUGCACGUCUACGUAUUAUAGUGCGCGUACGGCCGUUCUGGUUAGCAGGCGGCCCCACAUAUUAGAUGGAAUACUAUGAUCUGUCGCAAGCGUUGUACUUAUUUUCUACGACGAUUGCGCAUGCGAGCUGCAUCUAUUGUGGAGAUGCGUUGCUGCGAGACGCUGUUCCCGGUAACGCCUAGUGGUACUUUCUCCCUAUGUGACCUUGAAGUUCACGAUGCAGCUCAAACUGUAAUUCAUGUACGCAUACACACCACACGGGGACGAUUGCGCAAAAUAAAGCUCCAAACUAC